AUGUGGAUACAAGAGCAACGUUGGGUACGGCACAUUGUACGAGCGCAGGACCAAGAGCUUCGUCUGGACCGUUGGUUGCGUCUUCAAUUUCCAAAUCUACCACAAAGUUUCUUGCAAAACCAAUUGCGCAAGCGCAAGAUUCAAUUACAGCCAUUCACAUCGACUUUCCAACGAACUCGGGCCAACACAUUCCUCGUUGAAGGCUAUGUGAUUGCUAUCGAUGCUCAUCUCUUUCAUUCCAAAUUCCAACCUUCUAUCGGACAUCAUUACAACCAAAAGAUGCCACAAAAGAAGUUAAAUUUGCACAAAACACGACUACAACAGCUGAAACAAAGCGUCGUAUACCAAGACACACAGUUUAUAAUGCUUGACAAACCACAUGGACUGGCAGUACAUGACGGCUCGGCAUUGACUGAAUCUUUAACGCACUAUCUGCCAUACAUUGCAGAGUCUUUGAGUGAUUAUAAGGAACAACAACAUUUGAAAUUAGUCCAUCGAUUAGACAAGGAGACGUCCGGUCUGCUUGUACUCGCACGCUCUCGACUUGCAGCUGCCAAGUUCUCGGAAUUAUUACGAUGUGGUCGUGUAUUGAAAACGUAUGAGGCGCUGGUUGCUCAAAAGUCGACAACACGUGCGAGUUUGAUCGAAUUUGAGGGACAAAACCUUGAUGCUCCUAUAAAUGGCAAGUCCGCAAGUACAUUAGUGGAGCGAGUAUUCCAACAAAUAAAACCGACUCAACCGAUAGGCACGUGGCUGCAGCUCCGACCUCUUACUGGACGAAAGCAUCAAUUACGUGUACAUUGUGCUCAGGAGCUGUGUGCACCAAUCGUGGGGGAUCUUAAAUAUGGUGGCCUUCCAGCUAAUCGAUUAUAUCUACAUGCCAAACGCAUUCGAUUUCCAGACCCAUUCACUAUCGGACGAAUUGUUGACGUCUCUUGUGAGAUGAAGUAG